GGAAGAGGAAAACCCCACCUAAUUUCACCUCCGUCUACGAAGACGAUCAAAUCCAAUUUCGUUCAUUGCUGAGUUUCCUCGAUUCAGUUUUCCGUAUAAGGUUCCAUUCAAAAAAGCCACGCCAUUGUCAGGGAAUAAGGAAGGAAAUGGCGACUCUUCAAGACAUUACUGUCUCAGCUGCUAUUAAUCUUCUCUCUGCAUUUGCAUUCCUAGUGGCUUUUGCGAUAUUGAGGCUUCAACCGAUUAAUGAUAGGGUUUUCUUCCCGAAAUGGUACCGUAAAGGGAUAAGAAGCAGCCCUACACGAUCUGGAGCAUUUGUAAGCAAAUUUUUCAACUUAGAUUGGAGGACAUACAUAAAGUUCUUGAAUUGGAUGCCUGCAGCUUUGAGAAUGCCGGAACCUGAGCUCAUUGAUCAUGCUGGACUUGACUCUGUUGUCUAUAUCCGAAUUUACCUUCUUGGCUUGAAAAUAACUGUCCCCUUAGCAGUACUGGCUUUCUCGGUUUUGGUCCCUGUCAAUUGGACGGGGGGGACAUUGGAGCAUAUUAGGAAUUUAACGUUCAGCGAUAUUGACAAGCUCUCAAUAUCAAAUAUUCCAGAUGGAUCAAAAAGGUUGUGGGCACAUAUCACUAUGUCAUAUGUGUUCACCCCUUGGACGUUUUAUGUGCUAUAUACCGAAUACAAAGCUGUAGCUGCUAUGAGGUUGCGAUUUCUAGCAUCUGAAAAUCGUCGUCCUGAUCAAUUCACAGUUCUUGUAAGAAAUGUUCCUCCUGAUCCUGAUGAAUCAGUUAGUGAGCAUGUCGAACAUUUUUUUUGCGUAAAUCACCCUGAUCAUUAUCUUACUCAUCAGGUUGUGUAUAAUGCCAAUAAGCUUGCAACAUUGGUUGCAAAGAAGACGAGUUUACAAAAUUGGUAUACUUACUACCAUAAUAAGUAUGAGAGAACUUCAAAGAGGCCGACCAAAAAGACAGGUUUCUGCGGUCUUUUGGGCUCUAAAGUCGAUGCAAUCGAUUAUUACUCCUCUGAGAUUCAGAAGCUGAGUGAAGCAGAAGCUGCAGAAAGAGAAAAAGUGAUAAAUGAUCCCAAGGCCAUAGUUCCAGCAGCAUUUGUUUCAUUCAAAUCCCGUUGGGCGGCAGCUGUCUGUGCUCAAACUCAGCUAUGCCGUAAUCCUACAAUUUGGUUGACAGAAUGGGCCCCUGAGCCACGUGAUGUUUAUUGGAAUAAUCUUGCUAUACCAUAUUUUGAACUCUCCGUUCGAAGGUUGCUAAUGGCUGUUGCACUAUUUUUUCUUAUUUUCUUCUCUAUGAUUCCUAUAGCUUUCGUUCAAUCUCUAGCCAACAUUGAGGGGAUUGAGAAGGUGUUGCCUUUCUUGAAGCCAAUAAUAGAAGUGAAGUCUUUCAAGUCCGUCAUCCAAGGCUUUCUCCCUGGAAUUGUACUGAAGAUAUUUCUUAUUAUUCUUCCAAUAAUUCUUAUGACAAUGUCCAAAGUAGAAGGAUUUUCAUCACUCUCAUCUUUGGAUAGAAGAUCCGCUGGGAAAUAUCACCUGUUCAUUCUCGUUAACGUAUUUCUCGGAAGCAUUAUCACUGGAACAGCAUUUCAGCAGCUUAAAAGUUUCCUUGACCAGCCUCCAACAGAGAUUCCAAAAACCAUUGGUGUAUCCAUCCCAAUGAAAGCCACUUUUUUCAUUACUUACGUAAUGGUAGAUGGAUGGGCGGGGAUUGCUGCAGAAAUCCUCAGAUUAGUACCAUUAGUCAUUUUCCACCUUAAAAAUACGUUUUUAGUUAAAACAGAACAAGAUAGGGAGCAAGCAAUGGAUCCUGGUUGCUUGGACUUUGCAACAUCUGAACCAAGGAUACAAUUUUAUAUCUUGCUUGGACUUGUUUACUCUGCUAUCACCCCUGUACUUCUUCCUUUCAUCAUCAUCUUCUUUGCUUUCGCCUAUUUGGUAUUCCGUCAUCAGGUUAUCAACGUGUAUGAUCAAAGAUAUGAGAGUGGAGCCUCAUUUUGGCCAGAUGUGCAUCGGCGUCUGAUUAUUGGUUUAAUAAUAUCUCAACUUCUUCUAAUGGGAUUGCUGAGCACAAAGAAGAUCGAUAAAUCAACAAUUGCACUCCUUCCACUUCCUAUUUUGACCAUCUGGUUUCACAGAUACUGCAAGGGCCGUUUCGAAUCUGCAUUUGUAAAAUUCCCAUUACAGGAUGCGAUGAUCAAAGACACCCUUGAGCAUGCAACGGAGCCAAACCUGAACUUGAAAACCUACCUUAAGGAUGCUUAUAUACAUCCAGUUUUCAAGGGCACCGACUUUGAUAGGCCACAGUUAAUUUGUGAGGAAGAGGACAACCCGCUUGUUCCAACAAAGAGGACCAGCAAACAGAACUCCGAAGCCGGUUCUACUUCUGGUAGUUAAGAGAAAAUAUUAGGAAACAUCAUCAUUGUUCAUUAUCAGCAUUUGGUCAUUGUCUUCUUCUUCUUGUACAUACAACCAGAUUUUCCUAUUGCAU